GAAGGACCCAGACGAAACUAUAUUAGGGUAAAUAAUAACCCCCAAACCAAACCUUCAUCAAACCACCACUUGGAUUAUCUAUCAAAACCCACACAGUCACACACACAACACAAAUGAGAGGAAUCUUUGCAGUUCGUCGUAUGCUUCGCAAUGGAGUUUACUGUGGAUCUCUCUACUCAUCUGUCGGUGAAAUUGCAUCAGCUUCUUCUUCCAAUCCAGCAACAAUUCCGUACUCCUACUCCUUAUCUUCUGUGACGAAACCUUCGUGGUCACUAACUGUCUCCAAGUUUCAAUCUGGACAGCAUCCUUCCAAUCGGAAUCACUUCUCCUCAUCCUCAUCUGGUCAAUCUAGAGUGGUGACGGUUGAGUCAGAAGAUCAAUUUAAUAGUUUACUUCGCAAGGUUCAAGAUGAAUCCUUGCCAGCAAUCUUCUACUUUACUGCGGUUUGGUGUGGCCCAUGCAGGUUUAUAUCCCCACUAAUUGGGGAGUUGAGUGAGAAAUACACUAAUGUCACCACCUAUAAGAUUGACAUUGAUCAAGAAGGUCUGAGGAGUGCAUUGGAGAAGUUAGACAUUUCUGCUGUGCCAACUCUUCAUUUCUUCGUAGGAGGGAAAAAAGUGUCGGAAAUAGUUGGGGCAGAUGUUCAACGACUGAAAACCACCAUGGAGAGUCUCUACAAGUGAAGGUAGCCUUUUCUGUUAUGUCAGAAUCUUAAGCAAUACAAGGUAAAAAGAUAUAGAUUGUUUACAAAUCAUGUAUUAGGGCUCGACUUCUGCAUAGCCUUUGCGAUUGUAAACUCUACUUAAGUCAAACGCUUGAAUUACUCACUUGAAUGCAUUGAUCUUUUCGUUUUC